GCCAGCGCUUAAAUUCAAAGUGUUUAUUAGGUCUAAUGUCAAUAAUGACAUCUAUUAUAAUCUAUAUUAUUAUAAAUCUGUUUGGUGUUUACAAUUUUAAAGAUUAAAUUUACUAGACAACUUGGUGUUUUUGUGUUUUUAGCUGGAAAGGUGAUCUAGAUUAGUAGAUCUAGAGAUCUACCGCCUUAGUGUCUAAUUUAGCCUAGGUUAGCAGGUCUCUAAGAGGUCUUCUUAAGAUUGUGAAAAUGGAUCCUCUGAAAAGAGAAACACUAUUACAGAUGAUUCAAUCUCUUUGGGGGAAGCGUGUUGAGUCUCUGUUUGACUUAAGAGAUGGAGAUUUUUACUUUCACGUCUUGAGAUUAUUGCACCAUUCUCCAAAAGAUCGUGAUGUGGAGACAAGUGAAGAGCGACUGACAUUCACACACAAAUUUUUGCAAGAAAUAUAUGGAAAGGACAAAAUAGAAAAAAUUCUGAACUUUAAGAUUCUUUUACAAAACGUGAAUUCAUUAGAAAAUAAUGCAGUAGUUGAGCUGGAGCUAUCUAAGAUUGCAUUAGUAUUGUACGGUAUUGGUGUCCUUGACAAGAAUUGUAAACUUUUUGUUGAGACGGCCCUAAAGUUGCCUGAGUCGCUGCAUCCAGUUAUAAUGUCCUUGAUUAAUAGUGUUGUACAGCCUGGCUCAAUGGAGCUCUCAUUGACUGAUAACAUCGAGGCAGUAUUAUUGAUGCCAUCAGAUCAGGACAUUGAAUUAAAUCCAGCUGCCUUGUUCACUUGGCUUGGGACUCAGACCUCUGUUUCUUUAUCAGCCUUUGCAGCACAGCCUCUGACAUGUUCACCUGUGAUGUCAGGUAAUGUUGUCAGUCCUGAACCUGGCCAGAAGCCCCCUGCACAGUUGUUCACCUCAUCCACUCCAAGAGACUCCAGGCGUUUUUCUUUUGCCCCUUCUACCAGUAAAAAGGACCGCCAUUCUAAGGCCAUUAAAAUGGCUGCACUGAACAGCUCCUUGAGUGAGAUAACUUCCCCAUUGAAAGAUCUAAACCUCCAAGCAGUCUCUCCUCAGUCCCCUUUGUUGCAGUUUGUUCAGUCACCUCAAGUCAUACAGAAAGCCACUCUAAAUCAAAAAGAUAUGGAGAUAAGACAGUUGAAGCAGAGACUGUCAGAUGAGAGCUACUUAAAAGAUGAGUUGCAGGACCAACUGCGAGACCAACAUGCACAGAAUGCUACCAAAGACUCAGAGAUUGUUAAGCUGCAGGAGCGAAUUAAAAGUUUACUUGCUCUACAAGAUAAAGAGGAUGAACUUCAAGAGUUAAAGAUACAAUUUAAUGAGUUAACCAGUGAAUAUAAGAGACUUGAGACAAAACUUGUUGAUUAUGACCAAUGUAAAGAGAGUCUUUAUUUUCUUGAGAAGUUGACAGAUGAACAACGUCAGGAAUUGAGUACAUUAUCUAAUGAGGUCAAACUUCUUGAGGUUGAAAGAAAGAAAAAUGCUACCAACCUAGAAACUAUUCGCCAGUUAGAAAACCGGGCUCACCAAUUACAGUCACAGUUGGAGGACACUGAAAUCGCUAAACAGGCUUGGAGUUCAGAAAAGAUUUCCAUGCAAGUUAAUAAUCAAAUGUUGAAAGAUCAAAAUGAGCAGCUGCGACAAGAGUUAGAUAACUUGCAGUCUGGGCGUGAUGAUACAGAACCUGGAGAAUCUAUGGGUAUUUGUCUUGAACUGCAGCUUCGGGAUUUGCGCUGUGAACUUGAAGCCAUGACAUCGCAGCAUGAUGGUUUACAACUGCAGCUGAAGGAUAUGGAAUCUGAGAUUCAAAAGAAAAACCAAGAGAUCGAUAUAUUGCAGGAACGCAUUAAAAGCUUACUUACUCUCCAAGAUGAAGUGGAUGAACUCAGACAGUUAAAGAUACAGUUUGAUGAAUUAACCAGUGAACAUAAGAGACUUGAGACCAAACUUGUUGAUUAUGACCAAUGUAAAGAGAGCCUUCAUUCCCUGGAGAAGUUGACAGAUGAACAACGUCAGGAACUGAUUACAUUAUCUACUGAGGUCAAACUUCUUGAAGGUGAAAGAGAGAAAAAUGUAACCAAUUUAGAAAUUAUCAGUCAGUUGGAAAACCUGUUACAGUUACAGUUGGAUGACACUGAAAUUGCUAAACAGUCUUGGAAUUCCGAAAAGAUUUCUAUGCAAGCAAAUUAUGAAGCGUUGAAAGACCGAAAUGAGAAGCUGCAAUCUGAACAAGCCGAUACUGCAGUGCAGCUCUGUGAUUUGCGUAGUGGACUUGAAGCCAUGAUGUCCCAGAGAAAUGAUUUACAGCUGCAGUUGAAGGAUAUGGAAACUGAUCUUCAAAUGAAAGACCAAGAAAUAAAUACAUUGCAGGAGGAGCGCAGCAAAAACUUAGUUGCUCUUCAAGAUAAAGAGGAUGAACUUAGAAACAUAGAAAUAAAAUUUAAUGAGUUAACUAGUGAACAUAAGAGGCUUGAGACCAAACUUGUUGAUUAUGACCAAUGUAAAGAGAAUCUUCAUUCCCUAGAGAAGUUAACAGAUGAACAAUGUCAAAAACUGAGUACAUUAUCUAAUGAGGUCAAGCUUCUUGAAGUUGAAAGAUCAAAAAAUGUUACCAAUCAAGAAACUAUCAAUCAAUUGGAAAAUCAGUUACAGUUACAGUUGGAUGACAUAGAAAUGGCUAAACAGGCCUGGAAUUCAGAAAAAAUUUCCAUGCAAACAAAUAAUCAAAUGUUGAAAGACCAAAAUGAGCAGUUGCGACAAGAGCUAGAUAACUUGCAAGCUGCACGAGAUGAUACUGCACUGCAGCUUUGUGACUUGCGUAGUGGACUUGAAGCCAUGACAUCCCAGAGAAAUGGUUUACAGCUGCAGUUGAAGGAUAUAGAAGCUGAUCUUCAAAUGAAAGACCAAGAAAUAAAUACAUUGCAGGAGGAGCGCAGCAAAAACUUAGUUGCUCUUCAAGAUAAAGAGGAUGAACUUAGAGAGUUAAAGAUACAAUUGAAUGAACUAACCAAUGAACAUGAGAGGCUUGAGACCAAACUUGUUGAUUAUGACCAAUGUAAAGAGAGUCUUCAUUCCCUGGAGCAGUUGACAGAUGAACAACGUCAGGAACUGAGUACAUUAUCUAAUGAGGUCAAACUUCUUGAAGUUGAAAGAAAUAAAAAUGUUACUUAUCUAGAAACUAUCAGUCAGUUGGAAAAUCAGUUGCAGUUACAGUUGGAUGACACUGAAAUUGCUAAACAGUCUUGGAGUUCAGAAAAAAUUUCCAUGGAAGCUAAUUAUCAAACAUUGAAAGACCGAAAUGCUCAGCUACAACAAGAGGUAGUUAACUUGCAAGCUGGGCGUGAUGAAACUGCACUGCAGCUUUGUGAUUUGCGUAGUGGACUUGAAGUCAUGACGUCCCAGAGAAAUGAUUUACAGCUGCAGUUGAAGGAUAUGGAAACUGAUCUUCAAAUGAGAGACCAAGAAAUAAAUACAUUGCAGGAGGAGCGCAGCAAAAACUUAGUUGCUCUUCAAGAUAAAGAGGAUGAACUUAAAGAGUUGAAUAUACAGUUAAAUGAGUUAACUAGUGAACAUAAGAGACUCGAGACCAAACUUGUUGAUUAUGACCAAUGUAAAGAGAGUCUUCAUUCACUGGAGAAGCUGACAGAUGAACAACGUCAGGAGUUGAGUACAUUAUCUACUGAGGUCAAACUUCUUGAAGUUGAAAGAAAGAAAAAUGUUACCAAUCUAGAAACUAUCAGUCAGUUGGAAAGCCAGUUACAGUUACAGUUGGAUGACAUAGAAAUGGCUAAACAAGCUUACAGUUCAGAAAAGAUUUCCAUGCAAACAAAUUAUGAAGCACUGAAAGACCAAAAUGAGCAGCUGAGACAAGAGCUAGUUAACCUGAGAGCUGGCAGUGAUGAUACUGCAGUGCAGCUUUGUGAUUUGCGUAGUGGACUUGAAGCCAUGACAUCCCAGAGAAAUAGUUUACAGCUGCAGUUGAAGGAUAUGGGAUCUGAUCUUCAAAUGAAAGAUCAAGAAAUAAAUACCUUGCAGGAUGAGCGCAGCAAAAACUUAGUUGCUCUUCAAGAUAAAGAGGAUGAACUUAGAGAGUUAAAGAUACAAUUGAAUGAAUUAACCAGUGAACAUAAGAGACUUGAGACCAAACUUGUUGAUUAUGAUCAAUGUAAAGAGAGUCUUCAUUCCCUGCAGAAGUUGACAGAUGAACAACGUCAGGAGUUGAGUACAUUAUCUAAUGAGGUCAAACUUCUUGAAGUUGAAAGAAUGAAAAAUGUUACCAAUCUAGAAACUGUCAGUCAGUUGGAAAAUCGAUUACAGUUACAGUUUGAUGACACUGAAAUCGCUAAGCAGGCUUGGAGUUCAGAAAAAAUUUCCAUGGAAGCUAAUUAUCAAAUGUUAAAAGACCAAAAUGAGCAGCUGGAACAAGAUCUAGUUAACCUGCGAGCUGGCAGUGAUGAAACAUCACUGCAGCUCUGUGAUUUGCGUAGUGGACUUGAAGCCAUGACAUCCCAGAGAAAUGGUUUGCAGCUGCAGUUGAAGGAUAUGGAAACUGAUCUUCAAAUCAAAGACCAAGAAAUAAAUACAUUGCAGGAGGAGCGCAGCAAAAACUUAGUUGCUCUUCAAGACAAAGAGGAUGAACUUAGAGAGUUAAAGAUACAAUUUAGUGAACUAACCAAUGAACAUAAGAGACUUGAGACCAAACUUGUUGAUUAUGACCAAUGUAAAGAGAGUCUUCAUUCCCUGGAGAAGUUGACAGAUGAGCAACGUCAAGAAUUGAGUACAUUAUCUAAUGAGGUCAAGCUUCUUGAAGUAGAAAGAACAAAAAAUGUUAGCAAUCUAGAAACUAUCAGUCAAUUGGAAAACCAGUUACAGUUACAGUUGGAUGACAUAGCAAUGGCUAAACAGGCUUGGAGUUCAGAAAAAAUUUCUAUGCAAGCAAAUUAUGAAGCAUUGAAAGACCAAAAUGAGCAGCUGAGACAAGAGCUAGUUAACAUGCGAGCUGGCAGUGAUGAUACUUCAGUGCAGCUCUGUGAUUUACAUAGUGGACUUGAAGCCAUGACAUCUCAGAGAAAUGGUUUACAGCUGCAGUUGAAGGAUAUGGAAGCUGAUCUUCAAAUGAAAGACCAAGAAAUAAAUACAUUGCAGGAGGAGGGCAACAAAAACUUAGUUGCUCUUCAAGAUAAAGAGGAUGAACUUAGAGAGUUAAAGAUACAAUUGAAUGAAUUAACCAGUGAACAUGAGAGACUUGAGACCAAACUUGUUGAUUAUGACCAAUGUAAAGAGAGUCUUCAAUCACUGGAAAAGUUGACAGAUGAGCAACGUCAGGAACUGAGUACAUUAUCUAAUGAGGUCAAACUUCUUGAAGUAGAAAGAACAAAAAAUGUUACCAAUCUAGAAACUAUUAGUCAAUUGGAAAGCCAGUUACAGUUACAGUUGGAUGACAUAGAAAUGGCUAAACAGGCUUGGAAUUCAGAAAAGAUUUCCAUGCAAACAAAUUAUGAAGUACUGAAAGACCAAAAUGAGCAGCUGAGACAAGAGCUAGUUAACCUGCGAGCUGGCAGUGAUGAUACUGCAGUGCAGCUCUGUGAUUUGCGUAGUGGACUUGAAGCCAUGACGUCCCAGAGAAAUGGUUUGCAGCUGCAGUUGAAGGAUAUGGAAACUGAUCUUCAAAUCAAAGACCAAGAAAUAAAUACAUUGCAGGAGGAGCGCAGCAAAAACUUAGUUGCUCUUCAAGACAAAGAGGAUGAACUUAGAGAGUUAAAGAUACAAUUUAGUGAACUAACCAAUGAACAUAAGAGACUUGAGACCAAACUUGUUGAUUAUGACCAAUGUAAAGAGAGUCUUCAUUCCCUGGAGAAGUUGACAGAUGAACAACGUCAGGAACUGAGUACAUUAUCUAAUGAGGUCAAGCUUCUUGAAGUUGAAAGAACAAAAAAUGUUAGCAAUCUAGAAACUAUCAAUCAAUUGGAAAAUCAGUUACAGUUACAGUUGGAUGACAUAGAAAUGGCUAAACAAGCUUGGAGUUCAGAAAAAAUGUCCAUGGAAACAAAUUAUAAAGUAUUGAAAGACCAAAAUGAGCAGCUGAGACAAGAGCUAGUUAACCUGCGAGCUGGCAGUGAUGAUACUGCAGUGCAGCUCUGUGAUUUACGUAGUGGACUUGAAGCCAUGACAUCACAGAGAAAUGGUUUACAGCUGCAGUUGAAGGAUAUGGAAGCUGAUCUUCAAAUGAAAGAUCAAGAAAUAAAUACAUUGCAGGAGGAGCGCAGCAAAAACUUUCUUGCUCUUCAAGAUAAAGAGGAUAAACUUAGAGAGUUAAAGAUACAAUUAAAUGAAUUAACCAGUGAACAUAAGAGGCUUGAGACCAAACUUGUUGAUUAUGACCAAUGUAAAGAGAAUCUUCAUUCCCUAGAGAAGUUGACAGAUGAACAACGUCAUGAGCUGAGUACAUUAUCUAAUGAGGUCAAGCUUCUUGAAGUUGAAAGAUCAAAAAAUGUUACCAAUCAAGAAACUAUCAAUCAAUUGGAAAAUCAGUUACAGUUACAGUUGGAUGACAUAGAAAUGGCUAAACAGGCUUGGAAUUCAGAAAAAAUUUCCAUGCAAACAAAUAAUCAAAUGUUGAAAGACCAAAAUGAGCAGUUGCGACAAGAGCUAGAUAACUUGCAAGCUGCACGAGAUGCAUCUAUGGGCAUUUUGCUAGAACAGCAGCUUCAGGAUUUGCGCAGUGAACUUGAAGCCAUGACAUUACAGCGUGACGGUGUACAGCGGCAGUUGAAAGAGAUGGAAACUGAUGUUCAAAACAAGGACCAAGAAAUCGACAGAUUGAAGACAUUGCUACUCCAGAAAGAUGCUGAGAUUGAUACCUUGAAGGCAAUGUUGGCGCAGAGAAAUUCAGAGAUUGAAACUUUACAGUCAAACUUGGUGGCUGAACAAAAGAAGAGUGAACUAGUUCUGACUUUAAAGUCUGAGAAUAACAGAUAUAAAAAUACUUGCAAGACUCUGCAAGGAGAAACAGCCACUCUCAGAGAAAGGGAAAAGUGUCUUCUAAAUGAGUGUGACACAAAAAUUUCUAAAGCUCGAGAUUUCUGCAAUGACAUGAGGAGACAGAUGGAAGAGAGUCACAAAAAGCUGGAAGAGGCCAAGAAAGAAACAGGACACUUCCAAGAGCAAGCAGAGAAAGCAGAAAAAGAUUUGCUGAAGAUGAGAUCCAUCAAUGACAAUUUGAACAGUGCCUUAAAACUGGAGAAAGAGACCAACAGUUUGAUGAGGAAAAAGAUGGACGGCCAGGAGCUUAAACAAGAGGACAUGAGGCAGAGAUUGGAGAGUGCUCUAAAGGACAAUAAACAAUACGUCGCUGAAAUCAGUCGCUUGAAGACAGCCGUCGACUACAGUGACAGAAAGAUUAGGGAAUAUAAACACCUACUGGACCAUUCGGGAACAGUACAUCUAGGAGAUGCGUCACAUUUCAGAAAAGUUAUUGAACAAGAAGAAAUCAAUGAGUUAGAGAACUCCAUUAGCUCAGUGGACUCCAGAAGAAGACUUCGGUCGCAUAAAACUUCAGAUGACAGUUUAGCUGGCAGUUCAGAUGAGACAAUUUUAUCUGCUGAUAAAGUCAUGUUACGGAGAGACACUUUGGUCUCCACUUCUGAACUUAAGACAAAGACUAACGCCAGCAAUCCACACCAAACAGAAGAUCGACUCAGUCUUUGCUCUGUUUCAUCAGCUCAUUCUAUAAGGUCUAAAGGGGAUGUCCCAGUUGGUUUUCUGCCUAACGCCAAUUCUUGUGCCAAUGAACCUGAAGACCCAGACUUUGAGUGGGAUCGACUCAAUGAGCUGCAGCGUAGGAACACGCUAUAUCUUCCUCAUAUGAAAUCCGCGUAUCCGGUCGAGAUGCAGGCUUCAAGGAACAGAAUCACUGAUGAUUCUAUACGACUGAGUCUGAUGCCGGAGGGCAAAAUGAAAGCUAGCCCAGGACGAUACAACAUGAGACAGAAGGAUUCCAAUAGUCGGCUGGGGAAUACAGAGUCUGUGGAUAGCAGGGCCAUGAAACGUAAAGCAACUGUCUCCCAUCAGUCAAGUAAUGAAAAGUCUUUUGAAAGCCCUGCCAAACAGAUCAAGUCUGCCAGUGAAGUCUCCCCUGGUGAUACCAUUUUGUAUUAUCCUGUGGUUCGAGCAGCUCCAGUGUAUCAACGGCCAGGUCCUCCAACUCCAGGGAAACAGCCACGGAGAAUAUCUGGACGGUUUACUCCUUCACAUGGGGUGUCACCAGCAGUCAACGGUAAAAUCAAAGCCUUAGGAUCUCCCAUCGCACGCCCCAAUAAACAACAAAUUCAAGGCAGGCAACCCUCUCGAAGAUCUCCUCGCCUGAGCCAUAUGCCACAGCCUUCGUCAUCAACAGAUGAAAACAAUCGUCGAGAGAGUGUUGCCUUCAACAUUGGUUUCACUCCUGGCAAGUCUAAAGGUCCUAAAAGUUUUCUUCAAAAGACUUUGUUUGGAUCAAAGAGUAAAACGGACGCUAAGGGGGAUGAUCAGAAAAAAAGAAAACCAUUGGCUGCAAGAAAUUUUUUAGAGACUGGAAUCUAGGUUCUGAUUGGCCUGUUGUGAAACUGGAAUCUAGGUUCUGAUUGGUCUGUUGUGAAACUGGAAUCUAGGUUCUGAUUGGUCUGUUGUGAAACUGUGUGAAACUGUUACUAGUGUAUAUAUUAUUAGAUGCUAUUUUUACCAAUUAUUAAAAUAAGAGCUGCUAAUGUACAUAUCUGUACAUAUUUCUGUGUGUACAUACUAUCUUAACUGUUAGUGGACAUGGUGAACUCUUCUGUGUUAAAAUCUAUUUAUUAUCUCUUGUGUACAGCAUUAAUAGGACUAGGAAGUGAUCACUUUAGGUUCAGGCUCUAACAGACUUGUAACAAGCCCUGUCAUUAAUCCAUAUCUAAAAUAUGCCUUGUUAUUAUUGACUUGUAUCCUAUGCAACUUCUAAUCGUGUUAUUUUGUAUAUUACUGCCUUGUCUAUGUUAGACGAGUCACUACAGUCUCAUGGUUUCAGCUUGUUUACAAAUUAAAAUAUGGCCCAUCUCUUUACUUUCAGCUUAUUGAAAGAGUAGUGUUGUUUUUUUUUUGUUGUUGUUGUUUAUUUAGUUAUUUCCUAACAAUACAUUUUGCAGUUGUUUCUCUUUGUACUCUAAUGUUCCUCUGAUUACGAGGCACUCACCAAAUCUUCCAAAUUCUCCACUCUGUCUGUGUGAGUCUGAUAGAAGUACUCUUUUAGUAAGACUAGAAAUGUAUUUGUACUCCCCCUUGGUUGCUUCCCUUUGCUAAGUAGAAAAUACAUAGAUUUUUGAUAUUUCUAUAUUUCUAUAUUUCAAGUGCAUUGAUUUUUUGUUACUGGAAAAAGCCAUACUUAUGUAUUUAGAUAAUGUUGUAAUAAAUAAAUAAAUUUUGUAUG